AUGUAUCUCCGAGCCGUUCACGCAGAGACCUCAACAAAGGCUCUCUUCGAAUUCAUCAAGGCCAAUCCUCUGGGCAUUAUUACUACCGCUAUUCCAUCCACCACCCACCAUUUCAUCCAGUCCAGCCAUGUGCCAUGGGUGCUGGACGCUUAUACCGAUGACCCCGAAGCACCCGUCAAGGGUCGUCUCCGAGGCCACAUGGCCCGGCAAAACCCACAGGUCAAAGCCAUGAUCGAAGCGUGCACCAACUCCGGCACGACAAAACUGGAGCAAGAUGUGAUGAUCCUAUUCAAUGGUGCUCAUCACCACUACGUGACGCCCAAGUUCUACACCGAGACGAAGCCAGACACUGGCAAGGUCGUUCCGACAUGGAACUAUGCUGCUGCCCAGGUCUACGGCAAAGCCACCAUCUACUUUGACUCGUCGGCUCCAGAGACAUCUGAAUAUCUGUCGCAGCAGAUCCAUGAUCUUUCGCAGCUGUGCGAGACUUCGGUUAUGGGUUAUACAGGCAAGGAGGGGAAGCCGGGUCCGUGGGGUGUGUCUGAUGCACCCGAGCGGUAUAUUGAUAUUAUGAAGAAGAAUAUCAUUGGCAUUGAGGUUUCUAUUGAGAGCAUUGGGGGCAAGUUCAAGAUGAGUCAGGAGAUGGGCCAAGGUGACCGUGAGGGAAUUAUUCAGGGUUUCAAUAAUCUCGGAUCGGAGGUUGGCACUCACAUUGCAGAGCUGGUCAAGGAGCGUGGGGGGAUGAAAGACGCUGAGAAGGGCAAACAAUGA